UCAUAUAGUUUGUAACGCGACGUGUCUGUCAAGUCCGCCCCUAUGCAUCUACCCUCUUCCUUAUAUUUACUGUUUUCUUCUUCUCCCUGCUCCUCUCAUUCUCAUUUUUGCACCAAAACUAUCAACCGUUCUAAAUUUUCUUUCCUGUCCUCUAUUUCUCUUGCUCUUUUCAUGGCGCCUGCCUUUGAAGAUCCUAACGUUCUUGAGGGGCUGACUCAAAGUUCUUCUUCACCUCAACGUUAUUCAAACCCUGAUGAUGUGUCACGGAAAUCUAAGGUUACGGUGGUGGGUAGUGGCAAUUGGGGUAGUGUUGCUGCUAAGCUCAUUGCUUCUAACACCCUCAAGCUCAGUUCUUUUCAUGAUGAAGUGAGGAUGUGGGUUUUUGAAGAGACGUUGCCCAGUGGUGAGAAGCUUACAGAUGUCAUCAAUCGAACCAAUGAAAAUGUUAAAUAUCUCCCUGGAAUUAAGCUUGGCAAAAAUGUUGUUGCAGAUCCUGACCUAGAAAAUGCAGUUAAGGAUGCAAACAUGUUAGUAUUUGUGACUCCACAUCAAUUUAUGGAGGGUAUUUGCAAAAGGCUUGUUGGGAAGGUAAAUGGAGAUGUGGAAGCAAUUUCCCUCAUUAAAGGAAUGGAGGUCAAAAGGGAAGGCCCAUGCAUGAUUUCCACGCUAAUCUCUGAGCAGCUUGGUGUAAAUUGCUGUGUGUUGAUGGGAGCUAACAUUGCAAAUGAGAUUGCUGUUGAAAAGUUCAGUGAAGCGACAGUUGGAUACAGAGAGAACAUAGAGAUUGCAGAGCAAUGGGUUAAAUUAUUUAGCACUCCUUAUUUUAUUGUCACUGCUGUCCAAGACGUGGAAGGAGUUGAACUAUGUGGGACCUUGAAGAAUGUUGUAGCCAUUGCUGCAGGUUUCGUGGAUGGCCUUGAAAUGGGAAAUAACACUAAGGCCGCAAUAAUGAGAAUUGGUCUAAGAGAGAUGAAAGCCUUCUCCAAGCUGUUGUUUUCAUCUGUUAAGGACAGCACCUUUUUUGAGAGCUGUGGUGUGGCUGAUCUCAUCACAACAUGUUUGGGAGGAAGAAACAGAAAAGUUGCGGAGGCUUUUGCCAAGAAUGGAGGAAAAAGGUCUUUUGAUGAUCUUGAAGCAGAGAUGCUGCAGGGCCAGAAAUUGCAGGGCGUCUCGACGGCAAGAGAGGUUUAUGAAGUGUUGAGCCAUCGGGGAUGGCUAGAGCUGUUUCCACUAUUUACCACAGUGCAUGAGAUCUGCGUUGGUCAUCUUCCACCGUCAGCCAUAGUUGAACACAGCGAGCGCAAACCCAGAUUGUCUAUAGUGGAAAGCUCUAUUCAGUACUAUUGACUCUUCCAAGAAUGAAAGUGUGCUUAUGUAUCUUACAUAUUUCAGGUAUAGUUCUCAGAAGUAGCUAGCUUUUCCUUGGUUGCAUGUCACCGACAGAAGAGAAGACUAGGUAAAACUCUGGACUGCUAACUUAUGCAAUGUUUGGCUCUGUGGUGAUUAUGGAUAAUCAGGAUUGAAAUGCAGCCUGUAAUAGUUUUUCCAGUUCAAGGCAGUUAAAAGUA